GUUAACUGUUUAUAUAUAUAUAUAUAUAGUGAAGGAAAAUGAUUAAUUGUCCUCUCUCCUUCACAUUUUAUCCUAAUUAAUUAAUACUAUUUUUUUCUUGCUUUCCUCUCUUUUUUUCCCUCAUUUUUUUCCUUGAAAAUAGAAUGCACAUUCCUUAGGUUAAGAUGGUAAUUUUUAUGGGAAUGACCAUUUCACCUACCCAAAAAAGAGACAUACUUUACUUUUCAAACUCGAAAAAAAAAAACAGGAAUGAAAAAGUGGAAUGAGUGUUUCAUUCCAUUCCAACCAUGGCCUAAAAGUGCAAAAUAGAAAGAACAACUGCAUGUGAUAUAUAGAAACAAGAGACAUGCAGUGCAAAUUAAACCACAAUUGUUUGGAUAUAUACAACUAAGGAAGAAAAGAAUAAAAGGCUAAUCCAUCUGAAAGGGUAAAAUCAGAUUUGGAUCUAACCAAUCACAAAUUCCUUUCUUGCUUUCACCCUUUAUUAAUUUCCAACACUCAGCAUCAAGGAAUGUUCUUUCUUUUCUUCCCUUCCCUUAGCCUCAUAUUCCCUCCCAUUAUGGUGUCCUCUAUAUAUACUCUCUACUUCAGGGAUCAGAGGACAGAAAACCAAUUCCUCCAUUCAACUACAAACCAUUUUUAGCAUUACAAUGGCUUCUUCACCAGUUUUCAAACAAUCAUCUAUGGUUGAUGGCAUGCCAGAUGCAUUGAAGCAGAACCGGUUUCAUAUGAAAAGAUGCUUUGCUAGGUUUGUGGGAAUGGGGAGAAGGUUACUGAAAACCCAUCAUUUAGUGGAAGAAAUGGAGAAAUCAAUAGAGGACAAGGUUGAAAGAAACAAAGUCUUGGCUGGUCUGCUUGGUGAAGUCUUCAGUUCCACUGAGGAGGCUGCUGUUGUUCCACCUUAUGUUGCUUUAGCAGUAAGGCGCAAUCCUGGUUUAUGGGAAUAUGUCAAGGUGAACAAUGAUGAUCUAGCUGUAGAUGUUAUGACUUCAACAGAAUACUUGAAAUUCAAAGAAUUGAUCUACAACGAAAAGUGGGCCAACGACGAAAAUGCAAUGGAAAUAGAUUUUGGAGCAUUAGACUUCUGCACUCCUCGCUUAACCCUUUCUUCUUCUAUUGGAAAUGGAGUCAGUUAUAUCUCGAAGUUCUUGACUUCAAAGCUUAAUGGGGGUUCUGAGAGUGCAAAGCCUUUGCUGGAGUACUUACUUGCUCUUAGUCAUCAUGGAGAGAAACUUAUGAUCAAUGACACACUCAAUACAGUAGCCAAUCUUCAAGUUGCAUUGAUGACAGCUGAUAUUUUCAUCUCCGCGCUACCAAAAGACACGCCUUAUCAGAAGUUUGAGCAGAGGCUUAAAGAGUGGGGCUUUGAGAAAGGAUGGGGUGAAAAUGCAGAAAGAACCAAAGAGACAAUGAGCAUACUUUCCGAGACACUUCAGGCUCCAGACCCUGUUAACAUGGAGUCCCUCUUUAGGAGGCUUCCUGUCAUAUUCAACGUUGUAAUCUUCUCCGUUCACGGCUACUUUGGUCAGUCGGAUGUACUUGGCUUGCCAGAUACUGGAGGCCAGGUUGUUUACAUUCUAGAUCAAGUGAAAGCUUUAGAGGAAGAACUGCUUCUCAGAAUUAAGCAACAGGGCUUGAAUGUGAAGCCUCAGAUUCUUGUGGUAACUCGUCUUAUACCAGAUGCAAAAGGGACAAAGUGCAACCAGGAGAUGGAGCCUAUCCUUAACACUAUGCACACUCACAUCCUUAGGGUCCCUUUCCGGACUGAGAAAGGGGUUCUCCGGCCAUGGCUUUCCAGGUUUGAUGUCUACCCAUACCUGGAAAAGUUUGCUGAGGAUGCUACUGCUAAGAUCCUAGAGCACAUGGAAUGUAAACCAGACCUUGUACUUGGGAAUUACACUGAUGGAAACCUGGUGGCAUCUCUAGUGGCUAGCAGACUCGGAAUUACUCUGGGAACCAUUGCUCAUGCUUUAGAGAAAACUAAGUAUGAAGAUUCUGAUGUGAAGUGGAAGGAGUUGGAUCCAAAGUACCAUUUCUCAUGUCAAUUUACAGCUGACUUGAUUGCGAUGAAUGCAGCUGAUUUCAUCAUUACUAGCACUUAUCAAGAAAUCGCAGGAAGUAAGAAAAGGCCUGGACAGUAUGAAAGCCAUACGGCAUUUACCAUGCCAGGCCUUCAUAGAGUGGUUUCAGGCAUCAAUGUCUUCGAUCCAAAGUUCAACAUUGCUGCCCCUGGGGCUGAUCAAUCCAUCUUUUUUCCCUUCUCCGAGAAACAGAAGCGAUUAACCUCAUUUCAUCCUUCCAUUGAAGAACUACUCUACAGUAAGGAGGAUAAUAGCGAGCACACUGGUUUUCUUGCAGAUAGGAAGAAGCCCAUCAUCUUUUCAAUGGCGAGACUUGACACGGUGAAGAACAUAACAGGAUUGACUGAGUGGUAUGCGAAGAACAAAAGGCUCAGAAAUUUGGUAAAUCUUGUUGUGGUGGCUGGGUUCUUUGAUGCAUCCAAAUCGAAAGACCGGGAAGAAAUCAUGGAAAUAAAAAAGAUGCACACAUUGAUAGAGAAAUACCAACUCAAGGGUCAGAUCAGAUGGAUAGCAGCUCAAAACGACAGGUACCGGAAUGGUGAGCUGUAUCGCUGCAUUGCAGAUACAAAGGGAGCUUUUGUGCAGCCUGCACUAUAUGAAGCUUUUGGUCUAACAGUUAUUGAAGCAAUGAACUGUGGAUUACCCACAUUUGCAACUAAUCAAGGAGGACCAGCAGAGAUCAUUGUUGAUGGGGUAUCAAGCUUCCACAUUGAUCCUAACAAUGGCGACGAGUCAAGCAACAAGAUUGCCAAUUUCUUUGAGAAAUGCAAGGUGGAUGCUGGAUAUUGGAACAAGAUGUCUCAAGCCGGUCUCAAGCGUAUCUAUGAAUGCUACACAUGGAAGAUUUACGCGAACAAAGUGUUGAACAUGGGGUCUAUAUAUGGCUUUUGGAGACAAUUGAACAAGGAGCAAAAGCAAGCUAAGCUAAGAUACAUUCAAAUGUUCUACAAUCAGCAAUUCAGAGAUCUGGUGAAGAAUGUAGCAAUCCCAAGUGAUGAACCUCAACCACCAGCAGCCCCUGCACCAUUAUCAUCACCUGAACCCCAACAACCAGUGCCGGUGCCAAAGACAGACACUCAGCCAACGCGUUCCACAAAAGAUGAACCACCUACGCGUCCCACAAAAGAUGAACCAAAACCAAAGGAAGAAGGUAGUCCAGAGCAGAAGCAGUGGCUAGGCUACCGAAGAAACCUUGGUGCAACUUUGUCCAGUGGUUCGUGGUGCUUUGUUGCUAUCUCUGUUUUUGUCAUUGUUUAUGCUAUAAAGAAUUUAUAUAGCUCACCUGAUCAUCAGCACCGUGAUUAGACGGUGCAAUCUCAAGAAAUUCUGUGAAAAACCCUAAUAUUGUAAAUGCUUUACUUGUCAAUAAAAUGUUUCAUUUGGCAUU